AGACCCAAUGAAAAAUCUCUCAAAGGUUUGAUAAUGUGAUAUUCUGGGACUGACUGUCGACAUUCUUUCCCUGAUCUCGGAGAUGGUUGGCGACCCUCGCCUUGGUGGUCAUCUGUAAUGGCGGGUUCGAAUCUAUUUCACUGUCGAAGCAAUGGUCCUCGGUCCCCCCCCGCGCCCUCUGGAGACUCCAUUGAAGGUCAGAAUUUGACAGCUCGAGGUGAAGAGUUCUCGAAUAUCUUGUCUUUAGUUAAUUUCCGAGUUGAAAAAUUGUGGACAUUAAUCAAUGGCGGACCGCGAGCAUCAUCUUAGCCACUCGGGUCGCUCGUUAUUUCUGGUCUCUCUGCUUACAGCCUCCGAAUGCUUUCGUGGGUCGGAAGGAACGGGCUGUGCGAGACGUUUGCUUUAGCUCGCCGAGGACUACUCGGGGCUGCGUGAAUUGGGUUUGUGAUGGUUCAGCCAAUCGCUGCGUUGUGCUCUCCGCUGAGUUCUCUGCCGCGCAAUGCCCGGUUCUGCACAUUUGCGUGCUCCCAUCGUCAGAGCCGGCGGCUGGCCGGAGCUAGCCGGGCGUCGAAGACGACAUGGAAGCAUUCGAUGUUGCCCGUGUUGAAAGAAGAGACUCUGAGCGUCGAUGGCAAGGAUGUGUUGACGGACGUGCCAGAGAAUGUGGUGGUCACGCCGCUGACCAAUUCGUCCGCAUUUGUCGGAGCUACUUCGAAUGUCGAGGGCUCGAGACAUGUUUUUACACUAGGAGUUAUUCAGGGCAUUAGGCUACUGUGCCUGUUUAGAUUCAAGAUGUGGUGGAUGAUACCUCGAGUUGGUGUCUCGGGGAGUGACAUUCCGAUUGAAACUCAGAUGUUGCUGCUGGAAGUAAGGGAGGAAUCCAUUUCAUCUGAUGAGCCAAGUUACAUCCUCUUCUUGCCGGUGUUGGACGGCAAGUUCAGAAGCAGCUUGCAGGGGAACUUGGCGGAUGAACUCGAGCUAUGUAUAGAAAGCGGUGACCCUGCAAUAGUUACUUCACAGUCUCGAAAAGCUGUUUUUGUCAAUUAUGGGGAAAAUCCAUUCGACCUGAUGAAGGAAUCAAUGAAGUUCUUGGAGAAGGAGAUGGGAACAUUUGCAGUCCGAGAAAGGAAGCAGAUGCCUGCAAUUUUAGAUUGGUUCGGUUGGUGCACCUGGGAUGCCUUUUACCAAGAGGUUAAUCCUAAAGGAAUCAGACAGGGGCUUAAAAGUUUAUCUGAUGGAGGCACACCAGCCAAAUUUAUCAUAAUUGAUGAUGGGUGGCAAGAUACAAGUAAUGAGUUCCAAAAAGAAGGAGAGCCAUUUGUUGAAGGGUCACAGUUUGGUGGCAGAUUAGUCAGCAUCAAAGAAAAUCAAAAGUUUCAAAGAACUGAAAACGGAUCCCUUAGCGAGGCGCCUACAGAUUUAAAGGAAUUUGUUUCAGACAUCAAGGGAACUUGUGGUCUUAAGUAUGUCUAUGUAUGGCAUGCUUUGAUGGGAUACUGGGGAGGCCUUCUUCCUGGAGCAGAAGCUAUGAAAAAGUAUAAUCCAGUUUUAAAGUAUCCCAUACAGUCACCAGGAAAUUUGGCAAAUAUGAGGGACCUAUCCCUGGAUGCUAUGGAGAAUUAUGGCGUGGGUGUAAUUGAUCCCGCAACAAUAUCUCAGUUCUAUGACGAUCUACACAGCUACCUGGUUUCUCAGGGUGUGGAUGGAGUGAAGGUAGAUGUGCAAAACAUUCUGGAAACAAUAGCGACAGAUCUAGGAGGUCGUGUUUCCCUUUCCAGACAAUUCCAAGAAGCCCUUGAGAAGUCUAUAGCUGCCAAUUUCCAGGAUAACAGCAUCAUCUGCUGUAUGGGUCACGGCACAGAUUCCAUUUACCAUUGUCAACGAAGUGCUAUAACGCGAGCGUCUGAUGAUUAUUAUCCCAAAAAUCCGGCAACUCAGACUCUACACAUAGCUGCUGUGGCAUAUAAUAGCAUAUUUCUCGGAGAAGUAGUUGUUCCAGAUUGGGACAUGUUCUACAGCCUCCAUGAUGCAGCUGAGUUCCAUGCAGUAGCUCGAGCAGUGGGAGGAUGUCCUGUCUAUGUAAGUGAUAAACCUGGAAAUCAUGACUUCGAGAUACUUAAAAAGCUUGUGCUUCCUGAUGGCUCGGUUCUUAGAGCAAAAUACCCUGGCAGGCCUUCUCGUGAUUGCCUAUUCAUUGACCCAGUUAUGGAUGGAAAAAGUCUUCUGAAGAUUUGGAACAUGAACAACUGUACCGGUGUUCUUGGCAUUUUCAAUUGCCAAGGAGCAGGAAGCUGGCCUUGCACGGACAAGAAAGUCAUUGAGGAUGCUGCUCCAGAGAUAUCUGCGUCAGUUUCUCCAUCUGAUGUAGAGUAUUUGGAAGAGGUUACUGGGGAUUCAUGGACCAGAGAUUGUGCGAUCUUUUCCUUCAAGACUGGCUCUGUACGCCGAUUGUCCGUGGAAGAGUCGAUGAAUGUCACCUUGAAGGUUUUAGAGUGCGACAUCUUGACCAUUUCUCCUAUUAAGGUUCACAAUCAGAAGGUUCAGUUUGCACCAAUCGGGUUGAUAGACAUGUACAAUUCAGGUGGCGCCAUUCGAGCAGUUGAUAUUUGCAGCAAAUCUUCCGAUUCUGGAAUACACAUCAAAGGGAGAGGACCGGGCACAUUUGGAGCAUAUUCCAGCACAAGACCCAGGUCUUGCGCCGUGAACUCGGAGGAGAGAGAGUUUGAAUUCAGAGAAGACAAGUUACUGAAAAUACGAAUUCCCGCGAGAACCAGCUCAUGGGACAUUGUCAUCUCUUAUUGAGGCCUUCCUUUCGGUCUUGCGGUCUCGGAAGCCUCAGAAGUACAGCAUCACAGAUUCACAUCCACCUCGGUCUAGUAUACAGAUUCAUAUUAACCAGAAGAAACUUUGAAUAGAUGAUCGGAAUGACGGACGCGACUGCAGUCCCGAUUGACAAAAAUGAAACUCAUGGUGCUCUGGAGUGGAGGGAUUGUGUUGCAGUAGAACUAGCAGAAAGUAGAUAUUGCAAUAUGAUUCGGCAGUCUAUACAGAAUCACCUGCUCGUGGAAGGGCAAUGUCCAUAGUGAGAUCAUGCAAUGAUACAUCAGUCCAUGCUCCUUUGUUUUUUUUUUUUUUUUUUUAAGAUCAUAUUUAUUUAGUCAUUUACAGUUAUAUUAAUUUAGUCAUUUACAGUAAUAUUUAUUUAGUCAUUUACAGUUAAAUUAA